AUGGCUUCCAAGGCUGCAUCAUCAACUGCCCUUCUCCUUUUGGUCAACAUCCUUUUCUUCACUUUGGUCUCGUCUACCUAUUGCCCACCACCACCACCAAAGUGUACCCAUUGCAAACCAUCACCUUCACCACCAAAGUCACCUAAGUCACCACCAAAGUCACCAAAGUCACCACCACCACCAUCAUCACCACCAAAGUCAUCUAACCCACCACCAUCACCACCACAGUCAUCUAGCCCACCACCACCGUCGUCUACCGGUUGCCCUAUAGACACCCUUAAGCUGGGUGUUUGUGCCAACGUGCUGCAGAGCUUGCUCAACGUAACUUUGGGAACCCAACCCACUAGCUCUUGCUGCAGUCUCGUUCACAAUCUGGUUGAUCUUGAUGCGGCUGUUUGCCUUUGCACUGCCAUCAAGGCCAAUCUCUUGGGCAUUAACCUUAACGUCCCUGUCUCCUUGAGCUUGCUUUUGAAUUAUUGCGGAAAGAACGUCCCAUCCGGCUACCAGUGCUCUUAGGCCUACGCGUGUGUGUGUGCCACCUUACUUAUUAUAGCUAUGCUUUAGCUUUCUUUUCCUGCACUUCUAUUCCUCUCUUUUUAUGUUUUAGGACUUUGGAAUGGUUAUGAUAGGAUGAUUUGAGGAAUUAUUGUUCCUCAUUUAAUCGUGUUUUAUAUUCCUCUAGAGCUUCACUAGUCCCCUUGUAAUGGUAAUUAGUGUGUUGUGCUGCAACAAGUAACAACUUGUUCGAAUAAAGU